UAAUAUCUCCAGAUGAUAAGAUGGAUGGGAUAGGGUCUAGGUUUGAUAUACUCGUCACACAUGUCGAGAAGUUUCACGGACUCGUCAAACUCUUCGGGCAAAUAGAUUUGGAAAGAGUUGAGGCCGUGUCCAAAUAUCUGCAUGGUAUCCGAGAUGAGCUUGAGGCUGGUCAACCUCUACCUGCCUCACAGAUCCUUCCUGGUCAAUCGAUCAUUCUCAGAUGUGACGGUCAAUGGUACCGAGGGAAGGUUAAUACUCUUUCUGGUAUCCAGGUCUCUUGUGCUCUAGUGGAUACUGGAGAAACACAGAUAUGUUCUGUAUCAAGUAUACGAGCAAACCUGUAUCCUCAACUGCAGAAUAUACCUCCCCUAGCUCAGGGGUUCGUUCUAGGAGAAGUUAUUCCGCCGGCAGGAGAAUGGUCAAAGCCCUCAAUAGAGUUUGUCAGGGAUGGAAUCCAGAAUAUAGUUUGCGAGGCUGUUGUUAUUCUCAGAUCUCAUGGAUAUAAUUUUAUCAGGGUGUAUAAACGAGGAUCCCGUGAACCCUUGGCCCAGGAUAUGGUUCAGUGUGGUAUGGCUGUAUCCGGGUAUCCAAACCUUGACACCCUUCCACCGGCAGAACACUAUACUCAACCACAGAUAGCAGUUCCUCCUAUGGUCCAACAACGACAAUCAGGAUUUCGAGGACCCCCUUCUCCAAACUACCCUCCUCAUCACUCCCCCCUCCCCCCUCAUGCACACUCCCCCCUCCCACCUCAACACUCCUCCCACCUUCCUCCCCAUCCUUUCCAACAACAGUACUCGGGACACCAGGGUUUAGCCUGGUCGGACGGAUCAAACUCCAGGUCUGCUCCUGAUACCCGACUUUCUCCAGUACCACGUAGUAACGGAUAUCAGAGUAGCAGCAAUGCAAUGCUGUUCAGACCCGUGAGCCUGGAAACAGGAACCUGGUAUCCUGUUUAUAUAUCAGCAGUGGAGGAGGGACCGUCUAGGUUUAGUAUACAGUUGGAGAGUCUUACCAAGAAAUUGGAACAUCUAAUGGCGGAGAUAAACAGGAUACCUUUACAUCCCUUGAACAAUUUACAGUUUGAAGUUGGAACUGCCUGCUUAGCAAGAUAUUCUCUAGAUAAAAGUAUAUAUAGAGCUGUAAUCCUGAACAUAUCGAAUACUGCAAAGGUACUUUACUUGGAUUACGGGAAUGAGGAGGAGGUUAGAUAUGAAGAUCUUUAUCAGCUUCCUGAAUCCUACUCACAGAUUCAGAUGCUUUCCUUACCCUGCUCCCUCUACCAGUUCCCGGAGUUACAAGGUUCUCUAAGAGAGAUUUCGAGGAAAAGGUUUGAAACCUUUACAGACCGGCCUCUUAAUUGCAGGGUGAUGUCUAUAGAGCAGGAUGGAAGAAGAAGAGGUGGAAGGGAUGGAUACAAGAAUAUUGUCCAACUCUAUGAGGAUAAUGUGGAUAUUGGUCAAGAACUCAGAUUAUGGGUUGGAAGACAACAAGGAGGGAAUGGAAUCUCUGAGUUAGGACCAGGACAAGGGUUGCAUCCUCCAGGAGGUGGUGGCGUACCUUCUCAAGGAGGGCACUGGCAGCAGGGGAGUAGUCUACAGAUUGCCAGGGGAGCAUUCUCAUAUUCACAAGUAGAACUCGUAGGAACUGUUGAUGUUUUCCUAAGUUUUCACGGGAAAGGACCUUCUUUAUUCUACGUCCAGAGAUCUGACACAACCAAACAGAUUCAGCAGAUCAUGGUGGAGAUAGCAAACCUGAUCAAGACAGGAUCUAUCCCUCUUUCAGAUCCUCGUCCUGGCUCCGUCUGCUUGGCUCAAUAUACUGAUGGAGUCUGGUAUAGAGCCAGGAUUGAAUAUUGUUCUCCUAACUCUCGUCAGAUCAAGGUUGAGUUUGUAGAUUUUGGGAACAGUGAUCUGGUGGACCCGGAGCAGGUGUAUAGUAUUCCCCCUGGACUAGUCACGUGUCUUCCAGCUCAAGCUGUACCCUGUACACUAGCAGGCAACUACGGUACACAGAGUGAGAACCUUAUUCAACCCUUUCUCAGCCUGGUCAAAGAUAACGUCUUCAGAAUUAAGGUUGAGAAGGUUUUGAGUAAUAUUUGUGUUGUACAAGCCAGUACAACGGUUCCACCUCUACUCAAUAUUAACAGUGAGUUGUCUAGAGUAGUCCCUAGUCUAGCUCUGACCCCCUCUAUGGGAAACCUUCCAGUACAACUCCUUGUUACUCAUUUCGAGUCCUCAAACUCAUUCUACGGACAGAUUAGCUCCAGGGGAACAGAACUAGCAAUAUUCCUAGCAAACGUAGCAGAAUUCUGUAACAGGUACGGUGCACGGAUUUACUCCGGUCUGGAAUCUCAUGUCGGAGAGGUUUGCGCUACCGUGGAUUCCUCUCUUGGAAACUUCAGAUAUUACCGGUGCAAGAUAACCCGUGAGCAAAGGAACACGGUAGACGUGAAGCUGCUGGACGUGGGUGGGACGGAGAGGGUCGAGAGAAUGUCUCUGAUCCAGCUCCCGGAGGAGUUAAAGAACCAACCAGAGUUCGGGUUCCAGUGCAGCCUAGGGCAUACAGUCUCCGUAAAUGAUAUAAGGCUUAGGAACCUGUUUUUGGACAGCUUCGUGGAGGUUGUUCUAGUCGAAGAUCUGGGAGAUUUCAACGUGGUUAAGCUGACGGUCAACAACAACCCAACCUUGAGGAACAACCAGAUCUUGAGAUUUAUGAAAGAUCUUUCUCCUGUUACUGCAAAACCAUCGGUCGAACCCUUCAGUUACGAUCAAAAUGAGAAACUGAAACAUCUGCUAGAUCUACAGAACAAGAAUGCUAGAAUAGCUGGUGGACGAUUUGAUGGUCGGAAAGAUAGACCACAGCACGAGAACGAUCGGCCCCAGCUCGGUCGCGGCCGAGGGAAUCGAAACAACGAACAUUUUGACCAAGGACGAGAUAGAAAGAAAAAUCGGGACAUUCGGCUCACUGAAGACGAUCACAGGAGCACAAGGGACGAUUAUCGUCCACAGGAGGAAUCGCGAAUUAAAGACGAUUAUUUGAGAAGCGAUUCGGAUUAUCGUAAAAACAACGGUCGUGAAAAUGGAUACAGAAGGAACGGAAAUGUAAGGAAAGAAGACGGGUACAGAGAGGAGGGAUAUUCGGGAAGAGAAGAUAAAUAUCGGGAUAGAAAGGAAGAGUAUCGUGGACGAGGAAGCGAGGGAAGGGAGGAUGGACGGGAUAUGCCGCGUAGGUUUGAGCGCGGGGAUUUACGAAACAGUUUGCGAGAGAGAAGAGCUGCAAGGGAAUUAACCUUGGCUAAACCUACAAUUUCGACUUAUAAAUAUCCAAGGUUGCAUCCUGGGAUAAAGUUUGAGGGUAAGAUAAGCUGGAUGUACAAUCCUGGACACUUCUACCUGCAGUUCGAGGAGAACAAGGAGUUCAACAACAUUAUGGAACAGAUGCAGAUAGAGUUCAAGUCAGGUCCUUUCGAUUCUUUAUCCUGGAAUAAAGGAACUCCUGUUGCUGCAAAGUAUCAGGAUAACUGCUGGUACCGGGGGAAAGUCGAGGGUCAACGAGGAAAGAUGGUCGAGGUUUAUUUUGUCGACUUUGGUAAUACCGACAAGGUCGACGCUAUCGACGUUCUAGCUCUGCCAGCCGAGUUCGGGGGCCUAGAAACACAGGCUGUGAAAUCAAGUUUAUUCGGUUUAGAAGAAAUAAACGGGAAUUGGGAUAAAUUAGCCUCAGGUUUUGCCAAGUUCUUCACCGACUCCGUAUUCUCGGUGGAGGUUGUAAAGGCCGGCAGGCACUGCAUAGUUAACCUCAAUAACGGAGAGGUCGCAGAACGGAUCCUUGAAGAGUUCCGUGAUGGAGGAGGGAAGGAGGGAGGACGGAACCGAGGCGAAGAGAGGUUAAAGAAGGGGAGAAAAAAAGAAACUUCGUUAGAAAGUGAAAGCGUUGAGAAAGCUGUUCUGACUGGGAGCAAAGAUCGGAUUAAAUCCGGGAAAAUAUUCACCGUUGGCGGAUAUCCUGGAGUUGAGGUUAAAGAGUUCUCGUCAACCUCGAGAACAGUUCUAGUUUCACAUUUUAACAGCUGGAAGGAGAUGUGGGUUCAGGUGGAUCCUGAUCAAACUAUUAAGUUUACCGAGGAAUUAAACAAAAAUGAAAAUCUUCAUGGAACAGCCGUUUCUUCAGUAAAGGUUGGAGAUAUCUGUUUGGCUGAGUGGGACGGAUUAUGGUAUCGUGCUCUGGUCCAAGAUAUAAAGGAUGAAGCUAUAAAGGUUCACUUUGUGGAUUACGGGAAUACGGAAACUGUCUCUGUAUCUGAAAUUAGAACCGGAGACUCAUCUCAGUUCAAGAAUCCACCGUUUGCUCUUAGAUGCAAACUCGAUGUAAAAAUAGGAAAUUUUGACAAAAUUAUGGAGAAGUCCGAGUACACGCUGAAGGUCAAGUUCAAGAGUUUCUUCAAAAAUCAGUUUGUGAUUAAGUUGGACAAGGAGAAGACGGAGAAGAAGGAGAACCUGAAGAAGAAAGGAGACAAGAUCGUCACCCUUACACACGUUGAAACUGGAUCCAGGAUCUGGUUUGUCCCGGAGCAAAGUAUGGAGGAAUUAACCCGUCUAAUGGAGGAGCUCUCCAAGCUCAAGGAUUCCCUAGGUCCAGCCUCCGAGAUCAAGGACGGAGGAGUUUACGCGGUCAGGUACAGUGAGGACGGAGAACUGUACAGGGCUCGGGUGUUAAAUAUCUCCGAGGACGGAGUAGAAAUAGUUUAUAUUGAUUACGGAAACCAGGAUCAGGUUGAGAACGAAGAUAUCCUUGAUAUCCCGGAAAAUUUAACAACAGCUCCCGGUUAUGCGCGUUUGGUUCAGAUAAAAGGUGCGGAUUACGCGCUUGACUGCGAUGAACUGAAGGAGAAACUGAAAGAGUUCUUAAUGGACUCCAAUGUGAGCGUGAACAUGACCGGUAAAAUCUACGGAACCUUAUCUGUCGACGGUAAACCUCUAAACCUGAACUCCUGGCUCAGGUUUAAGAAAACUCUAAACCUAUUCCAGCAUCUGGGUAGUGUAAGAGUAGAUUGCUAUGUGAGUAACACGGAGCGCUCAUCCCAAAUCUGGAUUAUAGAGAAGGGAAUGCUGGAGGGAUUGGAGAGGAUGAUGAGAGAUCUACAACGUAAAGCUCCUGGAUUUCAUAAGUUGAAGAAAGCUGAGAAAGGUCGGAUGGUUUGUGCCAAAUUUACAGAAGACGGAGAGUAUUACAGAGUCCGGAUACUUGAACUACGGGAGGAGACCGCUGAGAUACUAUACCUGGAUUUUGGAAACAGAGAAACCGUCCCUACGGAGUCUCUUUUAGAACUUACUCCAGAGUUUACUCUUUCUCCAGGAUUAGCCAUGAAGGUUGAGAUAGAUUCUAAGGGUGAGUGUAGGAUGUUAGCUCCUGGAGAAAUGGAAUCUAUUAUCAGCGAGGGAAAGGAGAUGACGGUGGAGCUGGUUCAACCUAGAUUAAACAUUGUCCGAAUGUACCUUGGAGGAAGACGGGUUGGAUACCAGCAUCCUGACGAGGUCGGAGUAACCUCGUUGGUUAGUUUACCCCCAGGGAGGCUUAGGCUAGGACCUCCAAGGCUCGGAGUGCUCUCGAUGGUUUCAACAAGCUCCUUCGCAGUUCAGGAUAUACAGUAUGCUGGAGUAGUGGAGCACAGGAUAAGAAGGGAAGAACCUGAACCCGUCUCAGGGAGUGAUAUUGAACCUGGGAGAAUAUACUUACAACAGGUUGGGUCGGAAUAUCGGAGAUUAGCUGUUCUAAAUCUAAACUCAACAUCGGCAAAUAUUAAAUAUUUGGAUACACAGCUGACAGCUAAAAUUAGCUUGGACAACAUCUUCAGCUGUCCUUUAAAUCUACUGCAAAUGCCACCAGCUGCGCUUACAGCAGCUUCUCUUACUGUUAGGACGAAGGAUAGGUAUAAGCUUCUCAACACGCUACUUCUCAUCUCGGUAUCGGAGAAGAGCUUAAACCUUGAAGAGGUUCAGCUCAGGGUGCGGCUGCAGUUGGAGAGCAAGAACGAGUUUGAAACAAGAUUUGAGUUUCCUGAACUUCUUCUCAAUCUUCCAAAUAAAUCCUGCAUCAGAAAUCUUAAUUCAGAACAGCUCUGCACAAUCAGAAAUAGUUUAGUAGAGAGUUAUAUUUGUAAAACAGGAAACCUGCAACUAGAGAUGUUAAAAGAAACCAAGGACGAUGUUGUUGAUGAACUAAUUGACGAAGAAAAUGAAAUUCAUCCAAAUCAAUUAUUUUCAAAUCCUCAAAGCAUUGACGCUGAAAAGAAAUCUGUGAAAAUGAACGAUAAUCUUCCAGAAAUAUUACUAGAAGAUGAAGAAAUUGUACAAAUUAUUUCCGUGUCUCAUGAUCAUUGUAUCCUUACACUAGGAAGGUUCGAACAAUUUGGAACAGAUCUAAGACGAGACCUGGAGAAAUCUGAAAGAUUAGAACUGAUCAGUCCCGAACCAAACUCUCUAGCUCUCUACUGCGGGGGUCCGACUCCGGUUAGAUGUAUAGUUCAAGAGCCUGGAGAUACAGUUGAGAUAUAUCUGGUGGAUUCUGGUCAAACCAUGCUCUGUCAUUCAAGUGAACUUAGUUCCCUUCCUGCUCCUCUCUCUUCUAUUCCUCCUCUGGCCAUCCAGGCUCAAUCUUCACGGAGUGUCAAGUCAGGGGAGAGCUUCAUUGCUAAAUUUAUUUUUGGAGAUUUUCUUGAAAUUUUGCGAACUAGCUAAUUAUUUGUGAUAGAAACAUCUUAUUUUAUACGCCUAGUCCAUGUGAUACAUUCUGCUAAAUAAAUAGCCGCUAGGAAUUAUACAAUCAUAA